GAGGUCUCCCUGCCCAUGGCCAAGCAGCCGGGGCGCUCAGUGCAGCUCCUCAGGUCCACAGACCUGGGCCGGCACAGCCUCCUGUACCUGAAGGAGAUCGGCCACGGCUGGUUCGGCAAGGUGUUCCUGGGGGAGGUGACCUCGGGUGUCAGCAGCACCCAGGUGGUGGUGAAGGAGUUGCAGGCGAGUGCCAGCGUGCAGGAGCAGAUGCAGUUUCUGGAUGAGGCGCAGCCCUACAGGGCCCUGCAGCACAGCAAUCUGCUCCAGUGCCUGGCCCAGUGUGCUGAGGUGACGCCCUACCUUCUGGUGAUGGAGUUCUGUCCGCUGGGGGACCUCAAGGGUUACCUGCGGAGCUGCCGGGUGACAGAGUCUGUGGCGCCUGACCCCCUGACCCUGCAGCGCAUGGCCUGUGAGGUGGCCUGUGGCAUCGUGCACCUGCAUCGCAACAACUAUGUGCACAGCGACCUGGCCCUGCGGAACUGCCUGCUCACGGCCGACCUGACAGUGAAGAUUGGCGACUACGGCCUGUCCCACUGCAAGUACAGAGAAGACUACUUCGUGGCUGCUGGCCAGCUGUGGGUGCCGCUGCGCUGGCUCGCACCUGAGUUGGUGGACGAGGUACAUGGCAACCUGCUGGUGGCGGACCAGACCAGGGCCGGCAACGUGUGGUCCCUGGGCGUGACCAUCUGGGAGCUCUUUGAGCUGGGCACGCAGCCCUACCCUCACCACUCGGACCGGCAGGUGCUGGCUUACACCAUCCGGGAGCAGCAGCUCAAGCUGCCCAAGCCCCAGCUGCCGUUGACCCUGUCUGACCGCUGGUACGAGGUGAUGCAGUUCUGCUGGCUGCAGCCGGAGCAGCGGCCCACGGCCGAGGAGGUGCACCUGUUGCUGUCCUACCUGUGUGCCAAGGGCACCACUGAGGCGGAAGAGGACUUCCAGCGGCGCUGGCGGUCGCUGCAGCCGAGCGGGGGCGGUGCAGGCCCCGGGCCUGGGGCCACAGGCCCCGCACUGGGCAGCGCGGCUGAGCUCGCCGCCUCGUCCUUCCCACUGCUGGAGCAGUUCGCAGGCGACGGCUUCCAUGUGGACGGCGACGACGUGCUGACAGUGACUGAGACAAGACACGGCCUCAACUUUGAGUACAAAUGGGAGGCAGGCCACGGCACCGAGUCUUUCCCGCCGCCAGGGGCCACGCCCAGCCCGGGCCACCCUGCAUGCCUGCAGGAGCUGUGCGCCCCCGACAGUGCGCCGCCCGGUGUGCUGCCCGUGCUCAGUGCGCACAGCCCCUCGCUGGGCAGCGAGUACUUCAUCCGCCUGGAGGAAACCAUGCCCGUGGCCGGCCAUGACUCUGACUGUGCCGGCUGCACCCGCAGCCCGCGGCCCGACGACGCAGACGAUGACUCAGAGGGCAGCGCCACCACCUCUCUGGCCAUGGAGCCGCUGCUGGGCCAUGCACCGCCCGCCUGCGACCACUCCUUGCACAGGAGCCAGCCCCAGGACCCCAUCUGCCCCUCGCCUGGACCCUCGAUGCUCACAGAACCGGGAGCAGAGAACGCGGACUGGGGCUUGGCUGCCUUCUGCCCACCCUUGUUUGAGGACCCGCUGGGAGCAUCCCCCUUGGGGAGCUCCAGGACCCAGCCGUCCCCAGGCGAGGAGGAGCUGGGGAAGGUGGAGGCGCAGAGGGCUGCCCAGCACAGACACUGGAGCUCCAACAUGUCGGCCAACAACAACAGCGGCACGCGUGACCCAGAGUCCUGGGACCCGGGCUACUCGGGCGGCUAUGCAGGAGACCGCCCUAGCCCCAAGCAGCCCCCACGGACCUCCCCUGAGCCAGCCCACCCACUGGCCCUGGAGGACCCCAGAGAGCCUCUGCUUCGGCCACAGGUGGCCUCCCCUGGCCAGGAGCCAGGUGGCUGCAUCCCCCUUCCCCACCUGUGCCCUGCCCAAGGCCUGGCCCCCACCGCCAGCCUGGUCACAUCCCCCGGGAUGGAAGUAAUUGUAAGUGGGGGCGGUGGCUGCCAGGCAGAGCCCAUGCUUGCUGAGGAGGCUGACGGCUCUGCCGGACCCCAGCUGCUCCCCCCCUCCAUCCCCUCCCCUUCCCAGGAGGGAGCCCUGCUGCCCUCGGAGGAGGCCGGGGCCCCCGACUCCCUGCCCGCCUCACCCACGCCUGCUGCCACUGAGCCAACCCGGACCCUCAGCCCCAGCAGCAGCAGCUCCCCCAAGCCAGAGGCCCCCAGCAGUGAGGACGAGGCCACUUCAGGUGUCUUCACUGACUUGUCCGGUGACGGCCCACAGGCCGAGAAGCCAGAUGUGGGGCCAGCCUUCCGCUCCCUGCAGAAGCAGGCGGGGACCCCCGACUCCCUCGACUCGCUGGACAUCCCGUCCUCAGCCAGCGAUGGUGGCUGCGAGGGCUUCAGCCCGUUGGCCGCUGGCACCCCUGGUGGGCAGCCCCGCGCCCUGGACAGCGGCUAUGACACGGAGAACUACGAGUCCCCGGAGUUUGUGCUCAAAGAGGCACAUGAGCUGUGUGUGCCCGAGGUCUUAGGGGGGCCAGCCUCAGAGGGCGGGCGCCCCGGGCCCGAGGCAUGGCUCUCCGCCUCCCCCGGGGGCCUCGGCGGGAAGAGCCCCCACCGAGACUCGGCCUACUUCUCAGACCUGGACGUGGAACUGGAAAAGGGCCGCGGCGUCCAGUGCCCAGGGCCGGAGCAGGGACUGGAGAGCCCUCGGGGCCCGGGGCCGCGGUCUGUGCAGGCUCCCCUGGGGCCCGGGGAGCUGCUGCCCCGGGACGAGCCUUCCCCAGAGCCCAGCGGCUACCCACUAGGCCCCGGGCCGCAGCACCCCAGGUCCCAAGGCCCGGCUGGCGCGCUGCCCGUGCCCAGCCCCCGACGCUCCAAGUUUUUCCUGCUGAGCUCAGAAGGCGACGGCGCCGAGCUCCAGGGGGCCCCGCGGGAGCGGACCGGGCGGCCGGGCUCACCCCGAGCCCCGCCGUGCCCGGCCCUGCCGGGGGUGCCCGCGGCCGUGGAGGGCCGGUUGGAGGAGGAGGAGGACAGCGAGGAGAGCGACGAGUCGGACGAGGAGCUGCGCUGCUACAGCGUCCAGGAGCCGAGCGAGGACAGCGAGGAGGACGCGCCGGCCGUGCCCGUGGUGGUGGCCGAGAGCCAGAGCGCGCGCCACCUGCGCGGCCUGCUCAAGGUGCCCGGCCCGCUGCCUGAGGCCUUCUGCGAGGACCUGGAGCGCAAGAAGAAGGCCGUGUCCUUCUUCGACGACGUCACCGUCUACCUCUUCGACCAGGAGAGCCCCACGCGGGAGCCCGGGCCGCCCCUCCCCGGCGCGGACAGCCCCGGCGCCCCCUGCCGGCCGCGGCGCGCACAGCGGCCCCCCGACGGCUGCGCCUCGGACGGCGGCGGCUUCCGGUGGCGCGACGACUUCGCGCUCGCGCCUGCCCCCGCGCCCGCCCCUGCCGCGGCCUUCCCGCGCUUCACCGUGUCGCCCGCGCCCGCGAGCCGCUUCUCCAUCACCCACGUGUCCGACUUGGACGCCGACUCCGUGGGAGGUCCCAGCCUGGACCCCGCCUUUGACGCCUCCCCGCCACGCAGCACCGGCUGGACACUGAGGGCCCCCUACCCGCUCCCCAUAGCUCGACCCUGGCUCCCCAAACCUGCUGCAGCCUCUCCCACCAGAGCCUUCCUGGUGACCAAGAAUAAGAGGACUGAAGUCCUGGCAGCUGUGGGCAGCAGAUUCCAGUGCCUCGGUGCCCCAUGCACGUGCUGGAGAAGUUCUGGGCUGCUCCCGCCUGGGUCCCACUGCGGGAGCCCGGGCUGCAGGCGGGUGGGCCACAAAAUGUCCAGCUUCCAGCCCCUUGGCUUCCUGUCCCAGUGUGUGGGCAGUUGCAGGCCAACAGAUCAUGCCUCGCGCACAGAUACGGCAGCCUUUUUAUUGCCAGACACAUGGGAGCUAAAAGUAGCAUGGGGGCCGGGCUCCCCUUCCAGCUACGAGCUGAGGGAACUUCCUCCCCUGUACCCAGGGGUCCUUGGCCCCCAUGACCAGAGGCAUGUGCCCCCAGACAGGACAGCCCUCCUCUGCCACACCGGUGGCCGAGCCAGCAGGUCUCAGCCUCUCAGGGGCCACCCCUCCUGCCCCCUGCCCAGGUGCCACCUCCCCAAGAGCGGCCGGGAUCCAGCCGGGCCAGACUGA